GACGGGUCAGGAGCGUAGAGGCGGCGGCAAAAUGGCGGCGCCUGAGGAGCAGGAUCUAACUCAGGAGCAGACCGAGAAGCUGCUGCAGUUUCAGGAUCUGACUGGCAUAGAGUCCAUGGAGCAGUGUCGUCUUGCCUUGGAGCAGCAUAACUGGAACAUGGAGGCUGCUGUCCAGGACAGACUGAAUGAGCAAGAGGGUGUACCAAGUGUUUUCAGUCCGCCUCCAUCCCGGCCCCUGCAGGUCAACACCGCUGACCACAGGGUCUACAGCUAUGUCGUCUCCAGACCACAGCCAAGGGGCCUGCUUGGAUGGGGUUAUUACUUGAUAAUGCUUCCAUUCCGGUUUACCUAUUACACGAUACUUGAUAUAUUUAGGUUUGCUCUUCGUUUUAUACGGCCUGACCCUCGCAGCCGGGUCACUGACCCUGUUGGGGACAUUGUUUCAUUUAUGCACUCUUUUGAAGAGAAAUAUGGGAGGGCACACCCUGUCUUCUACCAGGGAACGUACAGCCAGGCACUUAAUGAUGCCAAGCGGGAACUUCGAUUUCUUUUGGUUUAUCUUCAUGGAGAUGACCACCAGGACUCUGAUGAGUUCUGCCGCAAUGCUCUCUGCGCACCUGAGGUCAUCUCGCUGAUAAACAGCAGGAUGCUUUUUUGGGCUUGUUCUACAAACAAACCCGAGGGGUACAGGGUCUCCCAGGCUUUACGAGAGAACACCUAUCCAUUCCUGGCUAUGAUUAUGUUGAAGGAUCGUCGAAUGACUGUGGUAGGGAGGCUAGAAGGCCUCAUUCAACCUGAUGACCUCAUCAACCAGCUGACAUUCAUCAUGGAUGCAAACCAGACUUACCUGGUGUCAGAACGCCUAGAAAGGGAAGAAAGGAACCAAACCCAGGUGCUGAGACAACAGCAGGAUGAAGCCUACCUGGCUUCUCUAAGGGCAGACCAGGAAAAAGAGAGGAAGAAGAGGGAGGAGAGAGAGCGGAAGCGCCGGAAGGAGGAAGAGGUGCAGCAGCAGAAGCUGGCCGAAGAACGAAGGCGACAGAACUUACAGGAGGAGAAGGAGAGGAAGCUGGAGCGCCUGCCCCCGGAGCCCUCCCCUGAUGACCCUGAAAGUGUCAAGAUCAUUUUCAAGUUACCCAAUGAUUCCAGAGUAGAGAGACGGUUCCAUUUUUCACAGUCUCUAACAGUCAUCCAUGACUUCUUAUUCUCCUUGAAGGAAAGCCCUGAAAAGUUUCAGAUUGAAGCCAAUUUUCCAAGACGGGUACUUCCUUGUGUUCCUUCAGAGGAAUGGCCCACCCCCCCAACACUGCAGGAGGCAGGACUCAGCCACACAGAAGUUCUCUUUGUUCAGGACCUGACAGAUGAAUGACACUUCUGCCUCCUUCCUCCCACCCUAAUCCCUAAAAGAAAUGGAAAAACAAAAACAGAGAACAAGAGAUAAAUUCAUAUUAUUAUUAUUAUAAUACAAUAUUUUUUUUAAAAAACUGCUGCAUCCUAUGGAAGGAUCAGAAACCAUGCUGCCUGCAAGAGUCACAACCUGCGUGCGUGUGCCAGGUCAGCAGUGAGCAUACCUGCUCAGCAGACUCACCUUCCCACACCCUCCUCUACCUUCCAGUGAGGAGACGUCACCCUCCAACCCGUCCGUCCAUCCAUCGGCCCACGUGGGGAAGGAGACAUUCCCACUGUUUCUCAGUCAUUCUUGCUUUUGUAGAAAAUACAAAUGAAACCCCCAUCAGCUCCAGCAGCAGCUCCUGAGGCCCUGCUCUUCCCGUGUCUGGAGGAAGAGGGGAAAGAAGCGGAACAGACUGCCUGCAGUUUAUGAAUAACUUUGUUUCUGUUUGCUUUGUAAUGAUAAUGACCAAAGGAAUGAGGCUGUCUUAGGUGUAUUUUUUUUUCCUUAGAUUUGAUAAAGAGCCGAUGCUGUGGGUGCCCACGGCGGUGUAAUAAAGGUGCCCAGGGCUCAUUUGCGCUUCCUUCUGCCACUAUUCCUCUCCCGGUCCCAGAGAGGUCAUUUGGUUUGGUACAGUUCUGCUACUUGCAUAUUCCAUUUGGAACAAUGAGAGGAAGUCUCAGAUUGUGACCCACAAAAGGCUUUGUGUGGUGUGUGUGCUCACCUUUACACACAAGUACAGCUUUACCUUGGCAUCUGUACCAGGUGGUGGUGAAGAGGUCUGAACCAAAGGAUAGCAGCUCCUGGUCCCCGUCUCUCCCCCUCGACCCCCCACUCCUCAUGCUGCUCUUCCCAGCUUCCCUAACUUGCCAAACUUGGUGCCUUUUCCAGAGAACUAGCAGGACCCAACCCUGGGCCCACCAUUCCACCUGUGGAUGCUUGUCCUGUUUCAGUGCAACUAUGAUAAUGAUGUUUAAGGAUAGACCCAUCGCAGGCAUGGUAGUGCACUUGGAGGCAGAGGCAGCAGAUCUCUGAAUUCCAGGCCAGCCUGGUCUAGAGAGUCAGAUCCUGUCUCAAGUUUUGAACCAGAAACUCUGAAAGAACAAUUGGACUCCCAGCUUUUCUGUGUAGUUGGAAAGCACACUACAUGGCACCAGAGACAGCUUGUAGCCUUCCUCUUGCCAUGGUGAAGCAGCAGGAGCUUUUUUUUCCCCUCUGAAUGUCUCAUCUGUGAUGGAAUUUUUGAUCGUGGGUAUGUGGUUGAGCCAUGUAUUAGCACAUGCCAGUGUGCACUGACAAGUAUUCCAGUGGACUAGCUAGACUGGUACAGGUUUGACACACUGCAACUCUCUGGAGUACUAUAGUCACUGGUAGACUGUGGGCAUUCCAGUCAAGAGAAAGCCUGGCUUGUGUUGAUCACCUCCAAGAGCCCUCUAAAGCCACUGCCCUCUGUAAUAGUCCUGUGCUUCUGUUGUCUGCAGUUCUCCAUUGGUAGAGGGGCCAUGUUAGGACAGCUUGUGGAGUCAUUUGGAAAACCCGAGGAUAUCCCUGAGGCCCUCUCACGGGGCUCUGAAUUCUACCUUGGGAAAUGUUAGCGCUGCUAGGUCUGCUGGCACUCAGUGACGGGUUGAGAGGACUCUCAGAUGAAGUCUGUCUUGCUGACAGCAAUGCAGAGGGACUUUCCCACUCGGAGCCUCCCUCCCAGAUCGUCGUCCCCGUCUGUCUACCUGGCACAUGGGUGUGUGGACUGUGGAAGUGUCUUGUUCACAGCUGCUUGGGGAGAUUCUGGGUUUUCCCUCUUAAUCUCUUUCUGUAAUGUGUACAUUUUAAUUUUAUGCCUUUUGAUAACUGCAAAAAGAUACUAGGCACCAGACUAACAGGGUCCUCUAUUGCCACAGCUCUUGAGGGUAGCCUGCUCAUGCCCAGAGGCUUGUGCAGGAGCACCUACCCAGCUCUCAUCAUCUGCCCCUCUCCCUUAGUUUUUCUCUCACCUUUUUGACAUAAAUUCUGAUGGCCCACACUGGCCUAAAACUCUACCUACCCAAGGCUGGCCUUGAACCCUCUUGCUCCCCGCUCCUGUGGUGUGAAUGUGGGUGUGCACACCACAUCAGGCUCUCUCUCCAGUAGCUGUGAGACACUUCCAUUUACUUGCUGUCCCUAGGUCUGAUGUCUGGGUGCCAUUUCUCUCCCUGGGUGAGCUGUGCACUUCACCUUUUGUCCCUCAAGCCAGUUCAGUCUGUGACUUCCUAAGACCUGUGAGCUUGAAGAGGCCUGCUGUUGUUUAUAUACCUUCCAAAAUAUUCCACCAGUUGUUCUGAAAGUCAGGUCAUGGACAGUGGACGCAUUUGUUCCCAGUCCUGCCCCUCGAUCCCCUCUGGAGUGGCCUCAGCUGAGUGACCAUGGGGAUGACCAAGCAACAAUGCCUGAGGAAGUUGAAGUUUUGAAGCCUCAGUCUGGUCUUUUCUUCUGCAGAAUUGUCUGUGGCAGAUAGGUUUUGUUUGUGUUUUUGUUUUUGUUUUUCUCUUUGCUUGCUUCCACUAUGAGAUGCAGAGAAGAGAAGGCAAGCCUGUUUCUUUUAAAACUAAAAAAACAAAAAAAAACUAGACUUUCCAACUGAUCAGUUAUUACGAAAAUUGCUAAUGGUGCCAAGGGCCAGGAAAGGAAGUGAGAAAGUGAGAAGGAGCAGUGGCCCCAGAGCACAGAGUCAGAAGGUGUCACCUGGCACUGGACAAGGACCUCCACCCUACAGCUGGUUGGCUUUUCUGUUUGUCUGGGGGCAGGUUUUGACUUGUGAAGAACGCAGCAACAAAAGAAUGCAUCCACAAGAGAUGCAGUGUCCCGCCUGGACUUCACCUUAGUAGUUAAUAAUUUCCUGAAGAAAUCUAGUGUACUUCAAAUUUUUUCAUAAAGGUUUACAUUGUAUUGUAGGUUAACAUUAAACGUUUUGUAACAAACAAUUAUAAAA